CCAAGAGGGAAAAACGUCAUUACAAAUGCUUGCUAAAAAUGCAUUUUUCACCAAGAAAGUGCAAGCCACUCCGAAGUUUGUGUUUAAUGGUCGCGGCAGCAAGUCUGGUUCUUUUGGUUGCAUUUCAGACGAUGCCAAACAGAAAACGUGACAGGAGGUUAGACAAUCAUUCGUUAUCAAACAAGACUACUACACAAAACAGUUCUGCAAAUUUCAUAGCCGGAGCUCGACUUCACCUCAUUGUCCAGUUUCCAGUGUUGAAUGUCACAAACAAACCAGAAAACAGCUCGGUUGUGUUGAGACAAAAGGAGUACAUCUAUUGCCUCAGAAGAAACCUGAAUAGUCCACACGUAAGUUAAACUUGGUGUUCCAUCAUUUUACAUUGUAACUCACAAAACUAGAUGGUUAUAAAGUUCUUUUUAAACGCAAUCUAUACAGACUUCUCAAUCGCCAAUACUGUUCUCGAAGCAGCUCGAAGACUGUGUGGAAUUUCUAGCACCCUGUACGUAUUUUAUCUGAUUUUAUAUUGCUGAUCUUCCUGUGAUGCUGCCGUAUUCCAACAUAAACAGCUACCUAUAUUUCUGAGGUUUUAGUUUCAUAAGAGGCAAGACCCUCUAAGAACUUGACGUCAAGCUUAUCUAGCCUGGUCACACUCGUCACCCGUUCCUUCCCCACGUGUGGAAGGAACGCUUGACGAGUCCUAACAGUGUCUGCGCGGGAGGCUAUAGCCCGACCGGGUUCUUCGUUUUAUAAACAGACCAAGUUUGAAUUUCCAAGCUUUUUCGUUCCGUGACGUUUAGCCUGCGUAGCUGGAGGGAGUGAAAUUCAACUCGACUUAUUACCAAUCCUCUCGCGGCUCCGCUACUCGCGUUCUCGGCUUCGACGCCAAAACAAAAGCACUCGCGCUCAAAUCCCACCAGCUACGCAGGCUACACGACAUUAAAAUGCUAGCCCGAAAAAGCUGUCGUGUAGGUCUUUUAAAACAGUCCUUACAUUAGACGAAGUAUUUCAAUCUGUCGGCGUUCUAGAAUAAUAAUUUGUCGUUUUCAUAGCAAAACUCGAUGACAAUGAGAUGGCGUCCACAUACCCGUGUGAAACGCGUCUGAAUAACGCGUAUAAAAAAGCACACAGACAUAAAUAUUUACGAGGCUUUUUAUGUAUUUUUUGAUAGCGUGACACCAUCAGUAAAAACCAGUAAUCAACUUGGCUUUCCCUUUUCGUAACACACUCACACAGCCCUCGUUCCCAGGGCUUUUCCAAAUUUCAAAGGGAAAA